UGAGAAUCAUGAGAAUAAUGAAAUAAACAUAAUUUUGACUUGAGAAUCCAAAUGCUAUCCCACUUGUAUUUCUUUCCAUUACAGUUACAGACAGCACAAUCUUCCGUUUCCAAUUUCAGUGCUCCAAUCCAAAUUAAGUUAAGGAAUUUCUGAGAUGCGAGGGACAGUACUACCAAACUACCCUGCAUAAAAAGCAAAGCAAAGCAUGAGAGAGAAACACAAACAGAAACUGCAUUGUCCAAACAACACAGAGAAAGAGAGAGAUCUAACCAGCAUGGGGUGACUCAGAAAAUGGAAUAAAGAAAAGGGAGGAAAACAAAAGCAACAUAACUUGUUCAUCGCCACUGAUGGUGGAACCAAAUUGUUCAACUUGAUUUUUUUUUCUUUCUGUGCUAAUUCUGGUGUAUUAGCUGUUUGUUCAGUCACUCUUGGAACUUGUGAAUUCUACUGACCAGUUGUGAUAAGUGGUUCUGGUUUGGGAUCAAGUUCCUUCAACAUCAGAAGACAAAGUGCUGGUGUUCUAGGCCGGAGCGAUGGCGGCUCUGUCCCAUUCUGACUCUAAGAGAAUGUACUCAUGGUGGUGGGACAGCCACAUAAGCCCCAAAAACUCAAAAUGGCUCCAAGAAAAUCUCACAGAUAUGGAUUCCAAAGUGAAGCAAAUGAUCAAGCUCAUUGAAGAAGAUGCAGAUUCCUUUGCCAGGAGGGCAGAAAUGUACUACAAGAAGCGCCCUGAGCUCAUGAAAUUGGUUGAAGAGUUUUACCGGGCGUAUCGGGCGUUGGCUGAGAGAUACGAUCACGCAACCGGAGUGAUACGCCAGGCCCAUCAUACCAUGGCUGAAGCAUUUCCUAAUCAAGUCCCUCUGAUGGUAGCAGAUGAUUUACCUGCAGUUUCUUCCAUGGAGACUGAACCGCAUACGCCGCAUAUACCCCACAAUUCACAUGCAUUUCUUGACUCAGAUGAUCUGCAAAAGGGUGCUUCUACUCAUUUCCAUGCUAUCAAAAGAAAUGGACCUUAUACUGAUGAACCUGAUUCUACUGCAUACAGAAAGGGCUUGAAACAGCUCAAUGAUCUCUUCAUGUUAAGAGAACAAUUAAGUCAUGCAAAGUUCGCAGAAGGACGCGCUAGAAGGGGACUCAAUUUUCAUGACACAGAGGAGAAUAAUGGGGUAAACAAUGGAAGCCAUGAUACUGAACCUCAAAUCUUAUCUGAGUCUGAACGGAUGACUAAUGCUGAGACAGAAAUCUUGGCCUUGAAGAAAGCCCUUGCUAGAUUAGAAAGUGAAAAGGAAGCUGGCUUGUUUCAAUAUCAAGAGAGUUUGGAGAGGUUGUGUAACCUGGAAUCAGAAAUGUCUCGCGCCAGAGAGAAUUCUCAAGGACUUGAUGAACGAGCAAGCAAAGCUGAAGCUGAAGUUCAAACCUUGAAGGAAGCCCUUACUGAAUUACAGGCUGAAAGAGAAGCUAGUCUUCUUCGGUACCAGCAAUGCUUGGAGAAAACAUGUGAUCUGGAGAAAAAUAUUUCUUCUGCUCAAAAGGAUAUAGGAGAACUCAAUGAGCGAGCUAGUAAAGCUGAAACUGAAGCUGAAUCCUUAAAGCAAAACCUUGCUAGGGUGGAAACUCAAAAGGAAGCUGCUCUUUUUCAGUAUAACCAGUCCUUGGAGAUAUUAUCAAAACUGGAGGAGAGAUUAGUACAAGCUGAGGAGAACGCGAUGAGAAUUAACGCUGAAGCUAAUAUAGCUAAAAAUGAAAUUGAGGACAUGAAGUUAGAAAUCAGUAAACUUACUGAAGAGAAGGAAGACGCAGCUCUUCGAUAUCAGCAAUGCUUGGAGAUAAUUUCCAGUUUGGAGCAUAAACUCUCUUGUGCUGAAGAGGAGGUGAAUAGGCUAAAUUGCAAGAUAAAUGAUGGGGUUGAAAAGUUGAAUAGUUCUGAACAAAAGUGUCAUCUCUUUGAAACAUCAAAUCAGACCCUCCAAUCUGAAUUGCAGGCUUUAACACAGAAGAUGGGAUCUCAAAGUGAAGAGCUCUGUGAGAAGCAGAAGGAAUUGGGUAGACUUUGGACUUGCAUACAGGAGGAGAGAUUGCGAUUUGUUGAGGCCGAAACUGCUUUCCAAACUCUUCAGAAUCUGCAUUCCCAAUCUCAGGAAGAGCUUAGAUCUCUUGCUGCUGAGCUUCAUAAUAAGGCUGAAAUUCUGGAGAAUAUGGAAUCCCAUAAGAAGGCUUUAGAGGAUGAAGUACACAAGGCCAAGGAGGAAAACAAAAUUCUAAAUGAGAUCAAAUUGUCUUCUUCUUUGUCUAUAAAAAGUUUGCAGGAUGAGAUAUUGAAUCUAAGGGAGACAAUAGAGAAACUUGAACUGGAGGUUGGAGUGCGAGCAGAUGAACGAAAUGCUCUUCAACAAGAAAUUUACUGUCUUAAAGAGGAGCUUAAUGAUGUGAAAAAGAGACAUGAAUCCAUGAUGGAGGAGGUCGGAUCAACCGGCUUAGACGCACAGUGCUUUGCCUUAUCUGUGAAGAAAUUACAAGAUGAGAACUCAAAGCUGAAGGAAAUAUGCGAGGCUGACAAAGGUGAGAAAGCAGAACUGCAGGAAAAACUGGAGAUCAUGGAGAAACUUUUGGAGAAAAAUGCUGUUUUGGAGAGUUCCCUUUCAGGUUUGAAUUCCGAGCUGGAGUGUGUUAGAGAAAAGGUAAAGUUACUGGAAGAAAUUUGUGAAUCUUUGCUUGUGGAGAAAUCUACUCUCGCUGCUGAGAAGGCCGCCUUGUUUCUUCAGUUGCAAACCUCAGCUGAAAAUCUGGAGAAGCUCUCAGAAAAAAACCACCUUUUAGAAAAAUCACUUUUUGAUGUGAAUGCAGAGCUCGAAGGAUUAAGGACAAAGUCAAAGAUUUUAGAAGACUCAUGCCUGUUGCUUGACCGUGAGAAGUCCAGUCUCACUUCUGAGAAACAAACCUUAGAUUCACAAUUGGACAUCACUCGCCAAACACUGAAAGACCUUGAGAAACAACAUAGUGAAUUGGAACUAAAGCAUUCAGAACUAAAAGCAGAAAGGAAGUCUGCACUUCAAAAGGUGGAAGAGCUACUUGUUUCCUUGUAUGCUGAGAGGGAAGCGCAUUCUAGAAUUGUGGAGUUGAAUGAAGUUCACUUGGUUGAGAAGGAAUUGCAAAUUCAUAUUCUGCAAGAAGAUGUAAAUUACCAGGAAAAGGAAUAUGAGGAGGAACUCGACAGAGCUGUACAUGCUCAAAUGGAAAUUUUCAUCUUGCAGAAGUCUAUCUGGGAUUCGGAGCAAAAGAACUUCUCCCUUCUUGUUGAGUGUCAGAGACUCUUGGAGGCAUCCAAAAUGUCUGAUAGAUUGAUAUCGAAAUUGGAGAACGACAAUGUUCAAAAGCAAGUUGAUGCAAAUUUCUUGUCUGAGAAAGUGAGAAUUCUAAGGAUUGGACUUCUUCAGGUGUUAAAUACUCUUGACAUUGACAGAAAGCACUGGAGUGAAGAUAUUAUUGAAGAAGACCAGGAACUUCUAAACCAUAUACAUGGCAAACUUCAGGAGACACAGAAUUCUUUUGUCACUAUUUUCAAUGAAAGCCAGCAAGUGGCUAUUGAGAAUUCAGUUCUGGUUACAUUCCUUGGGCAGUUGAAACUAGAGGCUGAAAGUAUUGUAACAGAAAGAAAUGCCCUUGAUGAGGAGUUUGGCACCCAGUCGAAGCAGUUCUUGUCAUUGCAAGCAGAGGUGCAAAAGAUACGGCAGAAGAAUCAGGAAUUGAAGUUGACAAUAAGAAAGAGAGAUGAGAAAAUGGAAAUAAUGACAACAGAAAUAGAGAAUCUCUGCAAACAGUUUUCAGACUUGGAUGAGGCUUACAGGAUCAUACAGGAAGAAAGUUACAAAACUUCUGAAGAGAAAAAGUCCUUGAUGAGAAGAUAUAAAGACCUGGCUGAAGAGAAAGGUAACUUGGAAGAAGAAAUGUGCAGCAUGAUUCAUGAGACAAUAGCUCCGUGUAAUAGUUCUCUGAUCUACCAGAACAUUGUCUUUGAAAAACUUCUGGCACUUAAAGAGCUAGGCAAAGAUCUGGACAAACUGUUAUCAGUAAAUACAGGCCUUGAGGAGAGGUUACAAAUAGUGACAGGGAAAUUAGAGGAUGUUCAAAUGGAUAAUUCUUAUCUUAAGGAAUCAGUUGCAGAGUUGAAUACUGAUCUGAAAUUAGUUCAGUCUGUCAAUGAUGAAUUAAAUUGUCAGAUUAAGAAUGGAAAGGAAUUGUUAUCUCGAAAGGAAAAUGAGAUUAUGAAAGCAGCGGAGAUGUUUAGUGCUUUAUAUGGUGAGAAAACAGAAUUUCAAAGGUUGGUUGAAGAUCUGAAGAAAAAGUAUGAUGAGGCUAGAGUGAUAAUUGAAGACCAAGCUAGUCAAAUUUUAAAAUUAUACUCAGACAAGGAUCGUCAAAAUGAAGAGCUUGGAAGCCUUUGUGAAGUGAAUCAGAAGUUAGAGGCUGAAAUGAAACACCUGCAUCAAGAACUUGGAGAAACUAAACUGAUUGUAGAGAAGCUAAGUUAUGAAUCACUCAAGGGAACAAAUGAGAUUGAACGGUGGGAAUCUCAGGCUGCCACACUCUAUACUGGACUGCAGAUUUCUGCUGUCAAUGAGACGUUAUUUGAAGGAAAGGUCCGUGAGCUCGCUGAUGUAUGUGAGGAUGUUGAACGCAGAAGCAGCUUUCAAGGUAUGGAAACUGAAAAUCUGAAAGAAAGAGUUAACAAGUUGGAAGGUGAGAAUGGGAGACUACGUGGUCAGUUUGCUGCUUAUGUCCCAUCUGUCUGUGCUUUGAAUGAUUGUAUAACAUCCUUGGAGAUGCAGAUAUAUGCAAAACCUCAUCACUACCAAGAAUCAAAGGUUAAGAAUUUAGCCAAUCACAAAUAUGCUGAAGGUGAUCCACCAGCAGGUGAAGAUCAAUAUGAUACUGCAACAGAUGCACUUCCAGACUUCCAAGACAUGCAGAGAAGGAUCAAUGCCAUCGGAAUGGCUGUUAAGCAGAUGAAUGGAAGUUUCAAACCGAGGGACGAGAUGAGAGAGAUUCAAGUGUUAAAAUCUGGAAUCAGCUGGGGUCAAGGAAAUACUCAAGCAAGUAAGAAUCUUACUCAAAUGGAGGCAGCAAAGGAGCAUCAAGGUGGGGGUGCUGACAAACAGAAGAGAGGAAAAUCAGUGACAGAUAUUCCUGUAGCAGAAAUUGAAGUUUUGCCAAAAGACAUCAUGCUUGAUCAAACCUCUGAAUAUUCAUCAUAUGGAAUAAGUAGGAGAAGGCUUCUGAAGUCUGAUGAUCAGAUGCUUGAACUGUGGGAAACUGCUGAUAAGGAUGACAAUAUUGACCUGACAGUAGGCAAGGCAUGCCAUCAAAGGAGAGCAACCAAGGAAGCCAAAAACAAAAAUUCUUCAGUAGGGUCCUUGAUUGAAAUGGAGUUGAGUGUGGACAAAUUAGAGAUCUCAAGAAGAUUGACACAGCCACCGUCACAUGAAGAAGGCAAUAAGAGGAAGAUUUUGGAAAGACUUGAUUCUGAUGCCCAGAAGUUGACAAACCUUGAAAUAACUGUGCAAGAUCUGAUGACCAAGAUGGACAUUAUUGAGAAGAGCACAAAGGGAAAAGGUAUAGAGUAUGAUACAGUGCAAGGGCAGCUUGAAGCUGCUCAGGAGGCCAUUACAAAGUUGUUUGAUGCCAACCGUAAGUUGAUGAAGAAUGUAGAAGAGGGUACCUCGUCCUCUGCCGGCAAGUCUAUCACAGAGUCAGGUGAGAGUGGAAGCUCCAGCAGAAGGAGAGUUUCAGAACAGGCCCGGAGAGGUUCUGAAAAAAUAGGGCGGCUGCAGUUGGAGGUACAAAGACUGCAAUUUUUACUACUAAAGUUGAAUGGCGGUGAUAAAGAAGGCAAAGGAAAAGCAACAGUCGAUGAUCAAAAUCCAAGAGUCCUUUUGCGAGAUUAUCUCUACGGAGGGAGGAGAAAAGACUACCACAAGAAGAAGAAGAAAACAUCCUUUUGUGCAUGCAUGGAGCCUCCCACUAAGGGACAUUGAAUCAGCAGGAUUUUUAGCAUAGUUGAAGCACAUGAGACAAUUGACACAUAGCUUUCUUGUUUGUAAAUUUCUGUUUUAUUAUAGUAUAGAGAUGGUUCAAGACCCUGCAUGUUUUUCUAUGGUAAGGAUCUCACGUUCGUAUAGCAUAGACAUCAUGCUCACAUGCUGUAUAUGUAGUGUAAUGCUCACUCAAAAGAGGCUAGGAUGGAAUGUUCACCAUUUCAUUUUCUGAAUAGUACCCUUCAUCUUAAUUUAUUCUUGAUUAGAUGGGAGGUCGUAGUUUAGCUAUUAAUUUGUUUA